AUGUCACAGAGGGAACCAAGCGGCCCCAGUAAAGCAGACCCCCCCGAAGAGAAAAUAGAGGCAAGGCCUUAUUCUCCAAUAUACCCUAAAUUGGACGUCACACCUCCCCCAUAUCCGACAGUACAAACACAGAUGCCUCUUAUGUACGUCCACGAAGGAGUAAUGGACAUGUCUGAGGUAGGAGGUGAAGAAUAUAGAGCAGUGAGACACCGAUUGAGAGCAGUAGGACAGGACGGUAUUGCCACCAUGAAGGAACUGACGAGGCAAAUUGAGGAGAGCAUAGUGGAAGCAAAGGAAGAGACAAGCAGGGUAAUAGGGGAACAUAUUGAGAGCAGGGAGAGGCAGAGACAGGGGAGACCGUUACUUAUGGAACAGCCGAAAGCCCAAUCCACCCCAGUUGAGGGACCAGGGUGGGGAACAAAAGAACCACACCCAUCUAGUCAGCAAGGAGAGGAGGGGUUCGCAGACAGACAUCAUAGACAGUUGACAGAGGAAUUGAACAGGGGACAAGUGGUGAGGGAAAGUGAUGAGGAAGAGGAGGAAGAAGAACAUAGGGAGGGGGACCAGGAUUAUCCAGCCUCCUUCAUAGGGACACUUACAGUUCAUACAGAGCACACUUUUCCACACGCUACACAAUCAGAUUCCCCGUAUGCGCUGCGCUCAAGAGAUAAGUCGCGAGCACCACAUAAAAUGCAGAUGCCGUUAAUAUACAAGGGGGCCCACCUAGGACCUACAGAUGUUGGACAUUGUUCACACAUUGCACCAAUCACAUUUGAGAUAACUGAUCACACUCCUAUUUGGCAAACACAGUAUUCACACAAACCAGAGGCUGAAACUGGUAUUGCUGACACAAUCGAAGGAUUAUUAGCAGCGGGGGUGUUAGAGCCCUCCCAGUCACCCUGGAACACUCCAAUUUUGCCAAUAGAGAAACAUAAUACGGGCAAGUAUAGGAUGGCACAUGACCUUAGACGCAUUAACAUCAUUGUCUCCACCCCAACAGUCCCAGUUCCAAAUCCAUACACUGCUAUGUCUGUACUGACCCCGGACCACAAAUGGUUCUCCUGCAUAGAUCUGGCCAAUGCAUUUUUCUGUCUGCCAUUAGCAGAACACCUCAGAGAUAUUUUUUCCUUCUCAUACAAAGGUAGAAAACUUCGUUAUACAAGGGUUCCUCAGGGUUUCAUCUUAUCGCCAGGCAUUUUUAACCAAGUACUAAAACAACAAUUGGCUGACUUUACACUUCCAAAAGGGGUGGUGUCGAUCCAGUAUAUGGAUGACAUUCUCUUGGCUGCUCCUGACCAUGUGUCGUGUCUGGAGGCCACAAAAUCUUUACUCAUGCGACUAUACCACAUUGGUUUCAAAGUUUCAAGAGCUAAAUUGCAAUGCUGUCGGCAAACGGUUUCUUUCUUGGGUAGAGUCAUAUCCGUCACAGGUACAGGUGUGUCCCCGUCUCAUAGAUCCUCCAUCUUACAUCAUGUUAGACCUAGUACAGUAAAGGACAUGCUUUCAUUCCUGGGUUUGACAGGUUACAGUAGACACUUCAUUGCCUCUUAUGGGGAACUCACCUCCCCUUUAAGGGCAAUGGUUAACGAACAGGGAAUGAGGAAUUUGUCAGCCAAAUUACACUGGACGACAACAGCAGAGGAGAGUUUUAUCUCUCUUAAACAAUCCCUGACGUAUGCUGCUGAUCUGGCCGUUCCUGACUAUACAGAUCCAUUCUUCCUAGAUGUUUCUGAAAAAUUACACACAGUAAAUGGUGUUCUUUUUCAGAAAAAAGGGGGAUGUAGGCAGGUACUGAUGUAUAUAAGUGUUACUCUUGAUCCAACAGAGGACAGACACCCGCCAUGCACACGACAUGCAGCAGGGGUAGCAAAGAUUCUCCAAAAAGUAGCACACAUAGUCAUGGGAUACCCACUCACAGUGUUAACAAUACAUAGUAUAGUGGCAUUUGUGAAUUCAACAGCCUUCACAAUGACAUCACUAAGACAGACCAGAUUAGAAAAAAUUCUAAACGCGCCACACAUCACGUUUACACAUGAAGGAAUCAACAUGGCUGAUAACAUGGGGGAGGGAGAGCCACAUAGGUGUGAGGAAAGGGUACAGAGAGAUAUCAGGGUCAGAGCAGACUUGCAAGCAAAACCAAUCACAGACCCAGAAGAAACUUUGUUCACAGAUGGGUGUUGCUACAGACACCCCACAGAAGGAUUAAAAGCAGCAUAUGCAGUAAUAAGGCAAACAGAAGACGGGUUUGAGGAAGUAUUGACAGGCACAGUGGAAGGGAAAGAAUCAGCUCAGCUAGCAGAAUUACAAGCAAUGGUAGCAGCGUUAGAAUGGGCAGAAGGGAAGAGAGUGAACAUUUAUACCGAUUCAGCAUAUGUGGUGGGAGCGAUACAGGUAGAAUUGAGUCAAUGGAUCAGAGCAGGAUUUUUUACUGCAGCCAAAACGCCCAUCAAACAUGAAAAAGACAUUAAAAGGUUAGCAGAGGCCUUAAUGAAACCUGCAGAAAUAGCAGUCAUUAAGUGUAGGGGUCAUGAUAAAGCAGAGACCACCGUAGCAAAAGGAAAUCAGGAAGCAGACUCAGCAGCUAAAAAAGCAGCAGGGUAUACGGCUCAAAACAUGAUGAUACAGUCCGAGAAAACAGUGUAUGAUUUGUUACCGGCAUGCGAUUUAAACAUGUUAAUAAAAGAGCAGCAGAAAGCCUCCCCUCAGGAGCUAACAGUGUGGAAAGAAAGGGGGGCUAAGGAAUCCGAGGGGGUUUGGAGGUCACCGGACGGUCGACCAGUGUUGCCCCCCGGAUUGAUAGCGUCCACGCUCCACGAAGCACAUGGUCUUACACAUUGCGGAAAAACACAGAUGCAGAGACAUCUGACACAUUGGUGGCAUCCGUUUUUGCCAGCAAUGAUCGAGAAUCAUAUCAGAGAGUGUAAAACGUGUACAGAAUACAAUGUGAGAGCAACAGUGAAGCCGCAUGAAGGGAAAUUUCCUCUUCCACAAAUGCCAGGGCAAGAGAUAGUGAUUGACUAUACUGAUAUGAUUGAGAGAGUAAACGGGUACAGGUAUCUCCUGGUCGCAGUGGAUGCAUACACUGGUUGGCCAGAAGCUAUGCCUGCAAAGAAGGAAGACGCAAAAACAGUGAUCAAAUUUUUGAUAAAUCACUACAUUCCGACGUAUGGGUUUCCAAAAAGAAUCAGGUCGGAUAACGGCACACACUUUAAGAAUAAAGAUUUGCAGGAGGUAGAAGCAGCACUAGGACUGAAACACGCGUUUGGAGCAGUAUACCAUCCGCAAUCACAGGGAAAGGUGGAAAGAAUGAAUCAGUCCAUUAAAGGUAAAAUAGGAAAAGUGUGUGCUCAAACUAAAUUAAGCUGGGUGGAUGCUCUGCCCUUAGCCUUAAUGUCCCUCAGAAGCUCAGUUAAUUCAAUUACAGGGUUCACCCCUUAUGAGCUAAAAACAGGUCAACAGUUUCCCGGACCUGGAGCAGGGGUACAGAUGGUAGAUAGAGAAAGGGUUCAUGUAAGGUAUAAGCCAUACUAUGAUCAACUAACAGCUUUGGUUUCAGCUUUCUCGAAACAGGUUGGAGCUGUAAAGGGGGACCCCGAGAGGCAGAACCCGCCUACAACAGACUGGGUCCUACUGAAAGUCAUCAAGCGAAAGUGGUCAGAGCCAAGGUGGACAGGACCAUUCAAGGUGGUGGAAAGGACAUCUCACGCACUCAGGCUGCAAGGAAAGGGAGACAGCUGGUAUCACUGGAGCCAGUGUGCUGCCACAGACCCUCCAAUCAGGACUUUAGAUCAGAUAAGACAAAGGAGGAGUAUAGUGGAGCAUUGAUAACGAAUUCUUCUUUUCAGCAGCCUGAGGACAACAUUCUGGUAUAAGGUUGAGAAGGUUUGAAAAUCUUCCGGAAAAGUAGUUUUUCUAGAAUCCAAUUGAGCAAACUG